GUGGAGGGAGUUCUCCGACAUUUUUAACUCGAACCUUUGGCAAGAUUCCACGCUAUACGUAUAGAGCACAUUUUUCCAUAUUUUCUGAUAAAAUUGUGCAGCAAACAUCAUGCAAAAGGCUGACGGUGAAGCUGACGAACAGCGAGGUGAACCGCGCCUUCUCGCUCAUCUCUCACUGGCUGUGCUACGCCAACAGCGCAGUCAACCCCAUCAUAUACAACUUCAUGAGCGGAAAGUUCCGCAAGGAAUUCAGACGAGCUUUCGAUUCUUGCUGCCAGAGAGAGCACGAGGACAGGAACUACUACAAGUAUGGCGGCACCUUCUGCCACAAGCUGGAAAAGGACUCUGUGUUGGCUUCACAAUCCAGGACUGAUUUUGAAAUACACAGGCUUAAUACUUAUAAGGACUACGAUACGAAGCUCACUAGAAAAGGGACGAAAACUAGUGUAUUGCAAGUUGAAAUUUAAGUGUUUUAACAUUAUUGUAGUGGGUGUGGAUUUUACUUAAAAAGAAAAGAGACCGUAAAAAAAACAUAGAAGUAUGAGUGUUUUCAUGUGUUACAUUUGAUGUAUUCAGGAGAGCUUAAUCUUCUUGAACCGUUUUUAUCUCUGGAUGUAAAAUUCAAUUAAUUAUAAAAAAGAGAAAUAUAAACUUUUCUAUUAAAACAGAAAUAUAAGGGCUCAAUAAGCAUUACUUCGAUAAGGUGAGCGACAAACUUUUCUGUUUCAAAUAACGUUUUUACAACAAAAAAAAAACAAUGUUUCUGUACCCUUCAAAAAUUGACCUCAAGAAUAAAAAAUUAAUACAUUUGACCAUAUUUUCUUUUAGUAACGUUCGUUAAAGUUAUAUGAGAUGGAAAAUUUUAGUUGGCUCACUCUUUACCUGCUUAUACAUUGUGACCUAAAAACAGAUAUCAAAAUUUUAACCAUGCAUCAAAAGCAACAUCUUUUGUAUAAUUUUUUUUUUCGAAAACCUGUUAGUGUUUAAGAUAUUUUUAUUAAAUUGUAAAUUCUUUUUGCCAUCGCUCGCAGUAAGUUGAAAUUAAUCAAUUAAUGUUAAAGAGACAGAAGCACAAAAAAUGGAAAGCAUUGCUAGUAUUUAAAAUUUAAGACAAUGAAAAUCAUUCCGUAAAAUGUUGGCAUAAAUUUCAUUGAUAUUUCCCUAAUCCGUUGUCAGCUCAUUAGCGUUAUUUUCAUCGGAAAAAACGAGAGUUUUUGAAAAAUUGAUUAAGCAAAAGUUGUCACAUUGAAUGAUGUACAUUGUUAAAAUUGUGGCUUUUGUAUCUGACUCACCAUAUAUGCCCCAGAGGACAAAAAAUUUAUUUUUUGUAAAACACAGCACAAGAACAUUCAGUAAAUAAAGACAUAAAAAUGUAAACGUGAAACAAUAAGUAUUUGCAGAUUUCACAUCACCUAAAACAAAAUAUAAAAUGUGCCCUUAUCCAAAAGGUAUAUGUAUAAUGGAAAAUAGUGAAAACAACUUUUAUUUUAGUUGGUUUGUUUCUCAUAACCACAAUACAGAGAUGUAAAUAAAUAAAAAGUUAGAAAAUAGAAAUACAUACAAAAAUAACCGAUAACGAUUUGUUUUCAAAGCAGUAGUAUAAUAAUCUUAUACAUAAUAUAUUAACUUGACAAAUAAUAAUUUUAUUGCAAAGACGCGGGUAAUAAUACUUUUAGCGACAGAAUUUAGAAAAUAUGUUGAUCGUAUCCUUUAUAAAAAGAAAAUGUUCAUAAACUAUCAUCUAAAAAUGCUUAUGUCCAGAUUGAGUAUAGGCAAAUUAAUAAAAAAAAAAUAAUGCAAUUAGGUCAAAUUCAGUUUCAUCUUAGAGUCUUUCCAAUUGAAAAAAAUGUACUUCCAAAGCACUUCAGAAACACUUCAGGUUUUCAGGUAAUAAAAAUAAAAAUGAUUACUUGAAAAAUAUUUAAUGUAUUUAUGCUAAUGUAUUCCUCUCGGAGGAGUUCCAAUUAUUUAAAUAUGGAGUAUGUAAAGAUUAGAACGGGAGGAAAACACUUCCUGAAUACUUCCCAGUCAACUGGAAAAUAGGUUUUGUUUUUAUCACGUUACAAUUUUCAAAAUAGUUUUGAAAUCAGUAAAUGAAAGCCCUUUACUUUAAACUGAUUUAUUUUUCAGUUCGACUGACAAAAUAUAUACAAAACAAUUAGAUUCAAUUUUACUUCCUAUAUACAGGGUGUCCCGUUCAUGUUUCAAAAAAACGUGUGUGCAAGUUCCUUCUGGGAAAAUAAUAGUGA